UCCAUUUCCAUACGCGUAUCUGUUGGUUAUACUUGAGUGGGCCCUUCAACACCUCAUAAGAUGACGAUUAAAAUACCAAAUGUUCGUUUGAAUAAUGGCUAUGAAAUGCCUAUUAUGGGCUUUGGCACAUACAGCGGCAAACCUGAAGAGUUCACUCGCAUGAUAAGUGAUGCCAUCAACGCUGGCUAUAGGCACAUCGAUGGCGCAAUGUUCUAUGGGAAUGAAGUCGACGUAGGCAACGCCGUUCGUCAAAAGAUUGAAGAGAAGGUCGUCAAAAGAGAAGACCUCUUCCUCGUCAGUAAGUUAUGGCCAACGUUUAUGAGCCCGCACUUGGUUGAACCCACGCUGCGGCAAACUCUGAAAGACCUCCAGACGGAUUACCUAGAUCUCUACUUAAUACACUGGCCUACUGCCUUUGAGGAAAACAUGGGUCUGGUGCCCAAGGGCGAGGACGGAAAGAUCCUGUUUAAAACUGUGGAUUUCGUCGACACCUGGAAAUCAAUGGAGGCCUGCGUACGCCAAGGUCUAGUACGCUCCAUUGGCAUCUCUAAUUUCAACAGUCAACAGAUCAGCCGCUUAAUGAGCCAUUGUUCCAUCAAGCCAGUUACUAAUCAAAUCGAAGUCCAUGCCUACUUGAACCAGAAGAAGUUAAUUGAAUUUUGCUCUCAACACGCUAUUAUUGUAACGGCUUACGGUCCUCUCGGCCGUCCCGGAUUUCAAAAAGACGAUUCAGAGCCAGUUCUCAUUCUCGAUCCGAAAGUGAAAGAACUGAGUGCAAAGUACGGAAGGACUCCCGCUCAGAUAGCUCUGCGUUACUUGACAAUGCAAAAUUUGCCUGUUAUUCCAAAAUCCUCCACUAAAUCGAGGAUCGAAGAAAAUUUGGCGUCACUCGAAUUCGAUCUGUCCAAAGAAGACAUGGCCAUACUCGACGGCCUCGAUUGCGGUUAUCGAAACAACAAGUGGGAGUGGGCACUGAAACAUCCAGAAUAUCCAUUUACUUUACCGUUUUAGCCGCUUCGUUUUUAAGAACCAGUUCAACUAUUUUCACAGAGAUUAUUAGAAAUAAACUUGAUCACAAG